UCUGAUAUUCGUCGAAUCUUUUUUUCAAGGGAGAAUGCUAGAGAUAACUUGCAACGAUCGCCUGGGGAAAAAGGUUAGAGUGAAAUGCAAUCCAGAUGAUACCAUUGGAGAUCUCAAAAAAUUAAUUGCUGCACAAACUGGAACUCAUUGGGAGAAAAUUGUGCUGAAGAAGUGGUACACUAUUUACAAAGAUCACAUCAAACUCCAGGAUUAUGAAAUUCACGACGGGAUGAAUCUGGAGUUGUACUAUCAGUAGAAUUUAAAAAUAAAUCGAAUUUAUAUCUCCACAUUUUGUUUAUUUAAUUAAUAUCGACUCUGUACUCACCACAGUUUUGUAAGAGAUAAUAAAUCAUGAAUAUAUUUUUUUAAUUUUAA